AAAUAAAAACAAGAAAAAAAAAUGUCAAAGUGAUAAUCAAAAUUUUUCUCUAAAUGGAAGAAGUGUCUAAAAAUGUGUACGAAGGUAUCAGUCCAAGACAUGGCGGAUCACGAUGCCGGAUAUGCCUUUUGAACGAUGAAGAAUCUAAGAAAAAAUUAGUCACGAAUAUUUGCAAUUGUAAAGGAGCUUCGGGAAACGUACACAUCGAAUGCCUAGAAACAUGGAUUAUGUCGAGUAACCGUGACCAUUGCGAAGUCUGUCUGGAGAAGAUCUACAUCGAAAGACUACCGAAAUUUGGCAUACUGCGUUCGAUACCGGUAUUCUUGUAUUCGAGUAGAAUAAGCCAACUAUUUGUGAUAAUGAUUAUCGCCGGUAUCGCGGUAUACGUAACCGCCAUGUGGUACAUAGACCGGUUAAAUUUCAAGCACGACUCCAACGCCAACAAAUUCAUCGCCUUUAUCGCCAACAUAGCCAUUUUCGGAUCCGUGUUCAUAAUAUCGUACUCGCCUCUGCUCUGCUUGUACGUCUGGGAUUUAUGGAAAGAAUGGCGAAGAACGCAGUACCGAUUAAGGAUCAGACCUCGAAUACAACCCGUGUAGACGAAUUCGCUAUCCGUUCAUUGUCUGGUUUCUUUGCCUCUUUAGAAAAAAAAUUUAUGCGUACGUUUCGUAUUGUAGGUUAUAACAAAAUUUUGGUGAAUUUUUUUCGGUUCAGAAAAUCUUUGGUAAUUGUGAAAUUUUAGGAUCUGUCGUUUAUGAUUUGGUCAGAAUUUUUGUUUUUUGUUUGAUCGCUGGCAACGACUCGACCAUACCAUGCUUCCUGCCAUUUUUGAUGUAUACAAGUUAAUCUGCUCAUAUGUUCGAUGAGUUGCAUACUCGUAAUCAAACUGCAAUCGAUACGUCUUUUUUUCGUUUUUUUUUUCAAUGCACUUUUUUAAAAAUAUUUCAGUUGAUUUAUUUCCAUUUCUUAACCAACUCAAUCGGAAAAAAAUUCAA